CGCGCGCCGCCUCUGGGCCGCGGCCGCCCGGGGCGCCGCGCCGCCGGCAGUUCGGGCCGCGGCAGCCGGCGGGGACGGAGGCCGGGUCAGUGGCAGCCAUGCAGGUCGUGCUGUGUCUCUGCGUACUGCUGGGGCUGCUGCGGUGGCUCGACGCGCUGCCCACCACCGGCUGUGCCAGGGCCAGUUUCGGCCCCGGAGCGAUCUCAGAGAUCCGCUGUGUGGGCGACCGAUGGAGCCCGGCGUCCGAGGAGGUCGACUGCACCGUGAAGGAGGAGGACGGCUUGGUCCACAGGACCCGGCUGCGGCUCUCCGGCUGGGGCGGCCCUCUGGGCGCUCAGCUGCUCGGCGACAAGCCGCGGCCGGUCAAACAGCUGGAGCUGAGCGGCACCGCGCUCAGCUCGCUGCCCGAGGCGCUGUUCGCCGGUCUGGGCUCGGCGCAGCUGCUCCGGCUCGACGACAACCGUCUGUCGGCCGUGCCGGAGGCGGCGCUGGCCACUCUGCCGCGCCUACAGACGCUCACCAUGAACGGUAACCGGAUCGGGCGGCUGGCGCGCGGGCGGCUGGGCGCCGCGCCGUGCCUGCGCCACCUCUCUCUGGCCGCGAACGGACUGCGCCGGAUGGAGCAGGGAGCCCUGCCGGCCGGUCUGCGGCACCUCAGCCUGACGGACAACCAGCUGCACACGCUGAACGGCACAGUCAGUCAGCUCACCAGUCUCCGCUGGCUGUUCGUCUCCAACAACCAGCUGACCUCUCUGCGCGGCCAGCUGCCGGAGGGCGGCCAGCUGACCUCCCUGAUUGCCUACGACAACCGUCUGGAGUCGGUGGACGGCCUGCAGGAGGCGGCCGGCCUGGACCGGCUCAGUAUCGGCUCGAACCGGCUCCGCUCGAUCGGCCACCUCCGACUGCACCGGCUCAGCAGACUCGACGUCUCCCGCAACCUGAUCGACCAGCUGUCGGUGGAUCAGCUGCAGGGGCUGCCGGCGCUGAAGGAGCUGAACCUGGACGGCAACCAGCUGCGGCAGUUGGGCCCCAUCCUGACCGUGCUGCCCGCGCUCACCAAGCUGAACCUCUCGCACAACCAGCUGAGCUCCGUCGCCGAGCUGGCACCGGACCGCCACCAGGGCCGGGUAUUUUCACACUCACUUCGGGAGCUGUUCGCUGUUGGGAAUCGCAUCACCUCCGUGGGCCAACUGAACCUGCCGAAACUCGUCAAGCUCAACCUCUCAAACAACCAGCUCGUCGAGUUAUCGGCGGCCAACUUUGCCGGUCUGCCGUCGCUGGAGGUGCUGGCUCUAUCUGGGAACCGUCUGCAGCGCAUUGGCCAGCUGCUGGAGGCGCUGCCGGCUCUCGUCAGCGCCGACCUGUCCGACAACAGCCUCACCUCCGUGACGCCGCUCAGUCCGCGCGAGCAGCUGCCGCACGAGAGCAAGCCGCGCCUGCUGCAUCUGCAGACCCUGCUGCUCAACAACAACCGCCUGCAGCAGCUGGACGUAUCGCUGCACCGCCUGCCGGCGCUCUGCGUGCUGGACGUGAGGAACAACACCGUCAUCCGGCUGCGCUGGCACAGCCACCCGGACUGGCGCUGCAGCCUCCAGCAUCGCAAACUGCGCGCAACCGGCAACCCAGUGCACUGCGGUGACCAGGAGGUGCGGCACUCCCUGAGACAGGCCGCGAUCAACUUCACCGUCGACCUGCCGCUGUGCGGGGGUGUCUCUGCGGCGCCGGUCAGCUCCGGCUGAGGGGCACCGGCCACACACUGACGAACCCCAGCCGCCAGCUCGGCCGGCGCAGACAGUCGCCAAGUGACCGUUGGCAUCCGCCGGUCGCCGCAGACUGGCGCGGAUCCACCGGCACGCCUCAGCGGGCGCAGCGCGCCUGACCCGAGCGCGGCGCUAUGUUGUUGUUGUCCUUUAUUUAUGCUGUGACGGCGGAGCAGCCGAUAGCUCGCCGUCACCGCACCUGUGUGCUGCAUACGCAUUGAUCACCUUCAUAGCAAACGGACCUGGCCGCUGCGCGAGCGGCCGACGUCGCCAUUAGUAGUGUCCGCGUUAUAGUCCAGCGGCCGGGGCUGCUGUAAAAGCGUCGGCUCGAGAUCAUGGCUGCAGCUUCUAGACAGCCCAUAAACAUUGUGCAGUAAACAAGCCGCGGCCCGGGCCAUAGCCCCGCUGGGGCGCUGAAGGCACUCGGCUGGACCAGUCUCAUUUUCGGAUUUUGUGUGCAUGUAUGUAUUGUGUGCUCGUGUGCUGUGCUUGUGUGUGUUUGUUUUUCCCACCGUCAUUAAACGCUGCCGGCAGUUGGAUCGAGUCAACCGUAUUUGAAGUUCUAAAGCGUGCCGCGAUUCUGCUCUAUACGGUCUUGACCGCACCUCGCACCAUUGUAUUGUUAGUGGGAUCCUACGCCAGGCAAUAACUUGAUAUGUUUGGCCCAACGCUUGUUUGUUUAUUUGUUUGAUUAUGAUGAUAAUGUGAUGAGGGAUCUGAAGCUUGUGCUAACUGUUCGGAUCUUACCCUUCGCCCUGGUGAGGCGAGAGUGGAGUAAUUCAGUCUGUUCGACGUUCGUCUUACCCUGCGCUCACCAUACUAUUGGGUGAUUCGUUCCAGUCAAUUUAUAGCUUGAGAGGUGGAAUAUCAUUUUAUAGUCAACUGUAUAUACGUAAUGUGAUUCCAAAUAAAACAACAUAACGCUCGCCGUA